AAGGCAGAGGGAGAGAGGGGGAGAGGGGAUCUGUUGCAGGCAGGGGAAGGCGUGACCUGAAUGGAGAAUGCCAGCCAAUUCCAGAGACACACAGGGACCUCAGAACAAAGAUAAGGCAUCGCUGACACCACACCGGGGACAAGCUCACAGGAAAGUCAGACCGGGGGGACCAAGGCCAGGCAGCUAGGAGCACCCAAGGCUGGAAAAUGAGGUGGCUCCUUCUCUGUCACGCUCUGUGCCUCUCCUUGUUGAAAGCUUCGGCCCACACCGUGGAGCUUAACAAUAUGUUUGGUCAGAUCCAGUCACCUGGCUAUCCAGACUCCUAUCCGAGUGAUUCAGAGGUGACUUGGAAUAUCACUGUCCCAGAGGGAUUUCGGAUCAAGCUUUACUUCAUGCACUUCAACUUGGAGUCCUCCUACCUUUGUGAAUAUGACUAUGUGAAGGUAGAAACCGAAGAGCAGGUGCUGGCAACCUUCUGUGGCAGGGAGACCACAGACACGGAGCAGACCCCUGGCCAGGAAGUAGUGUUCUCCCCCGGCUCCUUCAUGUCCAUCACUUUCCGGUCAGAUUUCUCCAAUGAGGAGCGAUUCACGGGUUUUGAUGCCCACUAUAUGGCUGUAGAUGUAGACGAGUGCACUGAGCGGGAGGACGAGGAGCUGUCCUGCGACCACUACUGCCACAACUACAUCGGCGGCUACUACUGCUCCUGCCGCUUUGGCUACCUCCUCCACACGGACAACAGGACCUGCCGAGUGGAGUGCAGUGAUAACCUCUUUACCCAGAGGACCGGCGUGAUCACCAGCCCCGACUUCCCCAACCCUUAUCCUAAGAGCUCGGAAUGUUUCUACACGAUAGAGCUAGAGGAGGGUUUCAUGGUCAGCCUCCAGUUUGAGGACAUUUUCGACAUUGAGGAUCACCCUGAGGUGCCCUGCCCCUAUGACUACAUCAAGAUUAAAGCUGACCCAAAAGUUUGGGGGCCCUUCUGUGGAGAGAGAGCCCCAGAACCCAUCAGUACCCAGAGCCACAGUGUCCAGAUCCUGUUCCGCAGCGACAACUCUGGCGAGAACCGGGGCUGGAGGCUCUCGUACAGGGCAACAGGGAAUGAGUGCCCAGACCUACAACCUCCUGUCCACGGGAAAAUCGAGCCCUUGCAAGCCAAGUAUUCCUUCAAAGAUCAGGUGCUCAUCAGCUGUGACACAGGCUACAAAGUGCUAAAGGAUAAUGUGGAGAUGGACACAUUCCAGAUCGAGUGUCUGAAGGAUGGGACAUGGAGUAACAAGAUUCCCACCUGUAAAAUUGCAGACUGUGGAGCCCCAGCAGAGCUGAAACAUGGGCAAAUCACCUUCUCCACCAGGAACAAACUUACCACAUACAAAUCUGAGAUCCAAUACUCCUGCCAGCAGCCCUACUACAAGAUGCUCCACAAUAUCACAGGUAUAUAUACCUGUUCUGCCCAAGGAGUCUGGAUGAAUGAAGUACUGGGGAGAAGCCAGCCCACAUGUCUGCCAGUGUGUGGGCUCCCCAAGUUCUCCCGGAAGCUGAUGGCCAGGAUCUUCAAUGGACGCCCAGCCCAGAAGGGCACCACCCCCUGGAUUGCCAUGCUGUCACACUGGAGUGAGCAGCCCUUCUGUGGGGGCUCCCUUCUAGGCUCCAGCUGGAUUGUGACCGCGGCUCACUGCCUCCACCAGUUACUCAAUCCAGAAUACCCAGCCCUACAGGACUCAGACCUGAUCAGACCUUCUGACUUCAAAAUCAUCCUGGGUAAGCAUUGGAGGCGCCGGUCAGAUGAGAAUGAACAGCAUCUCAGAGUCAAACGCGUCUUCCUCCAUCCCCUGUAUGACCCCAACACAUUUGAGAAUGACGUGGCUCUGGUGGAGCUGUUGGAGAGCCCGGUGCUGAGCGACUAUGUGAUGCCCAUCUGUCUGCCCGAGGGGCCCCCACAGGAAGGCGCCAUGGUCAUCGUCAGUGGCUGGGGGAAACAGUUCUUGCAAAGGUUCCCAGAGACACUGAUGGAGAUUGAAAUCCCAAUUGUUGACCAUCGCACAUGCCAAGAGGCCUAUGCCCCUCUGAAGAAGAAAGUGACCAGGGACAUGAUCUGUGCUGGGGAGAAGGAAGCCCAAGGAUUCCCCUAUGAAAGGAGAGUCCCGAACCUGCCUGCAAUAACUGAAAUCACUGAGCUCUCGGGAGGCCGGACAGAACUGCGGAGUCCAGGGGGAAAGGACGCUUGCUCAGGUGACUCCGGAGGCCCCAUGGUGACCCUGGAUAAAGCGACAGGCCAGUGGUACCUGGUGGGCACGGUGUCCUGGGGCGACGACUGUGGAAAGAAGGACCGCUAUGGAGUGUAUUCCUACAUCUACUACAACACAGACUGGAUCCAGAGGGUCACCAGGAUAAGGAAUUGAAUUCUGUUCCUCACCCCCAACCGCCUGCCCCGGGUCACUCAGCAGCACAGGAGAAUUAUCUGAUGCAAGAUGGCCACCCCUCACCUUUCACCCAUUUCGUUCAGCCCACCCAUUACUGGCCAAUAAAGAGGUAUCUCAGCCCCCUCUCCACACUCUGUAAAGGAGUAGAGUAGCUGAGUGAUCAGAACACAAGGCUGAACCCAGGCACUAUCACUUACUGACAUUGCAUCAUUGGGCAGGUGGCUUUACCUCUGAAUGGCAGUUUCUUUGUCCAUAUUAUAAAAAUGGCAUACCUUACCUACCUCAGAAGAGUCUGAUGAAGAUAAAAUUAAUUAAUAUAUACAUAGCACUUAGCACAGUGCAGACAUAAGUCCUCAAUAAACAUGACUUGGCAAAAGUCAUUGUGUUUACCAGGCAAAUGAAGUUCUCCCACAAAUCCCGUUGGGUCUUAGGGCUGCUCAGUGUGUACCCUUCCCCUCAACCUUGACCAUCUCCUUCAUCUGCCUGCAAAUGUUCCAUGAUUCUUUGCUACCAUGCACUUUUCUCAGUCCCAAUCCAUGUUCCCCAUUAAAAAAAUAAAAAGUGACAAGUUUCUUAGUCCAAUGGCAUGUCCCAUAGCAGUGCACUUGUGAAUGUGAGCUGGACACGAAACUGAGAGAGUGCCCGAGAGAAGCAGGACAGGAGGAGGGGGGCAGACCAGGGGCAGUGGACUGGGAAGUCAGAUGCCAGGUUUUACAAAUAGCUCUUCCCCCAGCUCCUGUGUGGCUCUAUGCCAGUCCCUUCCCCUCAUCUGAAAGGACCCUCCCAGCUCUGACAGUCUAGGAUCCAACGAAGACAUGUUGGAUCUAAUGAGAUGUUUCUCUAAUGUUUCUCUAAUGAGAUGAGUUGAAGCUGAAGUAACCAAAAGGCAAAAAUUACUUUAAGGUUCAACAGAGCUUUGAUGCAGACCCAAUACUGCAUCCACUGCUCUCCCCAUCCCCACCCCGUCUACCAUGCCCUGGUUUCCAAGAAUGUCGCCUAGCAAAGUGCUAGCCAAGGGAACUUUCCACAUUCCAAAGCAGAGCAUCUGCUCCUACCCUUCCUGGGAACCUGAGCUGCACAAGGUCAGCCCUGGUAGGCUAGACUCAGACCCCUGAACUCUUCCUUCUUAUGUCCCCAGCUAACCCCAAGCAGCAGUGCCACUGAUUUCACACCCCGUCCCUCACCCUGGAUGCCCUGGCAGUGCAAGAUCACAAGUGUUUCCCAGGCAGAAUGCCUCUCCCCUCCAAGAACCACCUCCUCUCUGGGGAGACCUCAUCCCCUCCAGAGCUCUGAGAUUUAAGCUCUUCAAGGGUCAGAAGUCCCAGGUUCCUGUCUUCUAUUUUAUCAAAAUUGGUCUUCGUGGGAGAUUCUAGUUCUUAACCUGCACUGCGGUUGGUGGACUCAGUCAGAACCUCUUGUUGGAAGAUGAAGAUACUGAGGGGUGAGAACUCACAGAAACUAAGCACUAGGCUGAGUGCUCAGGGACAGCAAUUCACAGCCUGCCGCUGGUUCCAUGAGCAAGUCAUUCUACCUCUCUGGGCCUUGUGGUCCAUGCUGUAAAGGGAAGAUGGCAAUGGGUACCCAACUUCAUCAGAUAUAUGUCAGACAAGCUGGAGCUCUAUCUCAGACACCAAAGAAUUGCAAUGCAAAGUUUUGGAGUUGCUGUAAGACAUUCCAAAACCCCAUACCUUCCUACCUCACAGCACUGCCCAGGUGUCCCCAUGUGCUAGGCUGUGCCGACGGGGCUAUGGAGAAUACCAAGUUGACGGAAGCAUGGUUCAUGCCUUCCAGGAGCUCCUACAGGUGGAACUGACACCCACAAGUGACUACCAUGAACAGAAGGAACCCAGCCAAGUGCUGUGUUUGGGAGCAGCAUGGAAGCUAAAGAAUAGCCACUCUGAUAUGGAGGCGUGCGAAAGAAGAGGGGACAUCAGGAAGGAAUCCUAGAGGAGAUGAUGUUGGCACUAACCCUUGAGGAGGGUGGGCAUUCCCACAGGUAAAACAGAGGGAGGCAUUCCAGGUGGAAGGAUCACAAGAGUAAAUGUCCACUCAGGUUUUCGUCAUAUUAGACUAGCUUCUCCCACAAAAAUGGUGGGUUUACUAGGCCUGGAACAGAGAAAGGACAUUAUUCUGAUUCUGGGAUCAGAAUCACCAUCUGAAAUAGCCUUUCUUCUAAAAGUCAGACUACUAUAGCGUUUGAAAUAGCCUCAGGAUUUGUGCAUAAAUACUGGCUUCUGGCUGGACCCAGUUCAUCCUGUUAUUUCCCCUUUAUCCUUAUUCUGAGGAAAUGUCUAAAUGUGCUCUGGAACUCCAGCUUACCCUUGAUCAACAAGCAUUUAUCAACCCCUGCACUGCUGCUGAGUUUCAAGAAACCCAAACUUCUCACAGAGUUAUAGAAGCAGAGCGUUGGAGGGUGCCUGGGUGGCUCAGUCAGUUGAGCGCCAGACUUCA